ACUGAGCUCACAACUGCCAUUUUGUGGCAGAGGCUACUCUGCUAAAGCGGGAGAGGGAUUAAAACAACUGCGAAGAAACCUGCAUUUCUUACCAGGCGGGCAAACUUUGUAGCACAUACUCUCUGCUUUCGGUCGAGUUAAAGAGGUCGAGAAACACACAAAAAAGAGGUUGUCAGGGACAGUCAGGUAGCAGACUUUUGAUUCAGCAAAGCUCAGGGCCGUCAUCAGGAAAGCAAAAGGAGAUCAACUGUAUCAGCCCAUGCUACAGAAAUCAUGUUACGGGUCAAUUUAUCCAUGCUAUUCAAGUUCCUACCCAGUAUGGACGGAGGGCCAACAGAGGUUGUAGGGGGGAUGGAGGUGCCCUCCAUCCAGGCCGUUCACAGCCAGGAUGCCAUGGUGGCUGACCUCCUCCAGCAGGCUGCAGAGGCCGGCGGCAUGUUAGAGGGACAUGGAGGAGUCCUGGAACAAGGUCACGGGGAAGGGAUGAUGGCAGCCAACCAGGCCCAUCAGCAUCUGAUGGAGGUUGGUGUGGGUGUGGACGGGGGAGCCGGGGUUGAAAUGAUGGUUAUGGACUCCCUGGAUCCCACCUUGCUGCAGAUGAAGACUGAGGUGAUAGAUGCUGCAGUGGGGGGGCCAUCAGUAGGGGGUGCUGCUCACCAAGCAACUGUAACAACAGUGGACCAGACUCAAAUCAUCACACUACAGGUGGUGAACAUGGAGGAGCAGGCAGCUCUGGGUCUGGGCGAGCUCCAGCUGGUCCAGGUUCCUGUUUCUGCCUCCACUGUGGAGGCCCUGCAGCAAGGCACCUUUGUAGACACUACUGCUAUGCCAAAGGACGGCGACCCCGUCAUCUGCCACACUCUGCCACUGCCCGAGGGCUUUCAGGUGGUGAAGGUUGGAGCUAAUGGAGAGGUUGAGACAGUGGAGCAGGAGGAGGGAGAAGCCCCAACUGAAGAGCAGGAUGACGAGGAGGUGGGGAACCAGAUGUUGGAAGAGGUGGAGGAUGAACACAUUCAGCCUCAAAACGAGGACCCAAGCUGGGCUAAAGACCCCGACUAUCAACCCCCAUCUACAGCUCUUAGAAAGCUCAAAAAGGGUAAGAGUAGCCUGCGUUACGCUGAAGGAGAUAAGGACAUUGACGUCAGUGUCUAUGACUUUGAAGAGGAGCAGCAAGAAGGCCUCCUGUCUGAGGUCAAUGCUGAGAAAGUAGUCGGCAACAUGAAACCACCCAAACCCACCAAGAUCAAGAAGAAAGGAGUGAAGAAGACGUUUCAGUGUGAGCUGUGUAGCUACACCUGCCCCCGGCGCUCCAACCUGGACAGACACAUGAAGAGUCACACGGACGAGAGACCUCACAAAUGUCACCUGUGUGGAAGAGCCUUCAGGACCGUCACCCUGCUCAGAAACCAUCUCAACACACACACUGGAACUCGUCCACACAAGUGCACAGACUGUGACAUGGCUUUUGUGACCAGUGGAGAGUUGGUGCGUCAUCGUCGCUACAAACACACACAUGAGAAGCCCUUCAAAUGUUCCAUGUGUGACUACGCUAGUGUGGAGGUGAGCAAAUUAAAGCGUCACAUCCGUUCCCACACCGGUGAGCGUCCGUUCCAGUGCAGUCUUUGCAGCUACGCCAGCAGAGACACGUACAAGCUGAAGAGACACAUGAGGACACACUCAGGAGAAAAACCUUAUGAGUGCUACAUCUGCCACGCCCGAUUCACCCAGAGUGGAACCAUGAAGAUGCACAUUCUGCAGAAACACACAGAGAACGUGGCCAAGUUCCACUGUCCACACUGCGACACUGUCAUCGCACGCAAGAGUGACUUAGGAGUCCAUCUGCGUAAGCAGCACUCUUUCAUCGAGACUGGGAAAAAGUGUCGCUACUGUGACGCCGUUUUCCACGAACGCUACGCUCUGAUCCAGCAUCAGAAGUCCCACAAGAACGAGAAGAGGUUCAAAUGCGAGAUGUGCGACUACUGCUGCCGCCAGGAGCGUCACAUGGUCAUGCACCGUCGAACCCACACCGGAGAGAAACCGUACGCCUGCAGCCAGUGUGAGAAGACCUUCAGACAGAAGCAGCUGCUGGACAUGCACUUCAGACGCUACCACGACCCCAACUUCGUCCCCACUGCCUUCGUCUGCCCCAAGUGCAGCAAGACCUUCACUCGCAGGAACACCAUGGCUCGCCACUCUGAGAACUGCAACGGUGAGGUGGAUGAUGCCGAGAAUGGAUCUCCAACCCCGAAGAAAGGAAGGAAGAGGAAGAUGAGGACCAGGAGAGAUGAGGAUGACAGCGAGGAGGAUCAUGGAGAACUAGAUGAGGAGGAUGAGGGUGAGGGUGAGGAAGAAGAACUGCUACAAGAAGAGGAGCAGCCAGAGGACAUGGAACUGGACCAGGCCCCUGCCGCCAUCCCAGUCCCGGCUCCUGACGAGCCACCAGUCAAGAGAAAACGAGGCCGACCCCCAAAGAACGCCCCCAAGCCCCCAACACCCAGCAAGUCUGCCCAGGUGGCUGCCAAGGCUGCUGCUGCUUCUGCUGCUGCCAUCAUUCAGGUGGAGGACGAGAGCACCGGAGCGGUGGAGAACAUCAUCGUGAAGAAGGAAGAGGGCGACGGCUCUGCAGCCCCCCUGGAGCAGGAGGGAGCCCUGACGGUGGAGGAGCUGGGGCUGGAUGGGGGGGGGAUGGAGACUGUGGAGCUGGCUGUGAACGAGGAGACAGCGGCCGCCGCCAACGGAGACCUGACGCCAGAGAUGAUCCUCAGCAUGAUGGACCGGUGAACCCCCACACCGGACCAUGAGUGAAACUGGCAAACACAUAAACAUUUCCACCCCCCCCGGCCUCCCCCUUAUAUAGCACCUACGGCAGAUCCUAAUGGUGGCCAUUAAAGUGGCUGCUAAACCAACCGUGCAAAAGAAGGGAAGCUGCACGUAAAUACGCACUAAAAUAACUUCACAUCCAUGUACACGACACACUGAUGUUUGUGGGUCUCAGUUACACACACAGCAAAGCUCACACAGAUGUCCUCCCAGACUGCUCUGCUCUUAUUUCAGUUUGAAUGUCUUCUGAAUGAAUCAUCGUGUAUUUAAUACUUUGUUCUACCCAAAGCCACUUCCUGUCAGUCUCUAACCAAACUCUGCAGCUACUGCUCAGCUCUGAGAAUGAUUUGAUCACAUUUCACUUUGAUUUCCUGCCUGCUGUUCUUGCAACUAUGCUGAAUUAGCAAAUUCCCAGCAUUUAUAUUUGUAUAUAUAGAUUUAAAUGUAGUUUUUCCUAAUGAAACGUAGUAUAUGGUACUUGGGUUGAGAAACACCUUGCUUUCAGUUAUACGGCUGUAUAUUUUUGGCUUGUUUAACACUUGGUCCGUGUUUUGGUAUUUCAAUAUUGAGACUUUUAUAGAAUGAAGUUACGGGGAUUUUUCUUCAUUCAUGAGCAAACGUGCAGAUCCAUCGAAAUGACCAGAAGUCAGUGAUAUAGAAUGAUUCAGCUUUCUUCUUCAUCUUUUUCACAUUCACACUGUCAAAGGUCAUUCAGUUUCCCCAUCAACAACAUCAUUCUUUUUCAACAGUUUUUAUUUUGGCUGACCUCGAUGCUCGAAGGAAUUGUUAAUGUUCGUCCUCCUCGUGUUCCGAGCUUUCAUAGAGGUAGUUUGGUUGACUGAAAAUGAUUUAGUUGGCAAAACGCUGUACCCUAGUCGUGAUCUUGAGCAUUCCAAAUACUUCAAAACACAUGAAAUGAUGUCUAUGCAUUUCAAUCAUUUCACUUCAAGUAAUAGACAGAAACACUCGAACAUUUCAUGAUUUCAAACCUUUAGUUCACCAGAUAUGUCCCUCGAGAUCAAACAUCUCUUUUUCAAGGGAGACCUGCAAAAUGAUGAUGCCAGUUGCUCUUUCUUUUUUUUUAAAUGAAUUCAAUUCUCAAUUAACAUUGCUUUUGGAACAGGUAUUCUAAACCAGAUUGUGAAGAAUAUCUAAAUAAUCUAUGAUGGAAAACUGGCAGGUGUUUUUGCAUGUAAAUACACAUUUGCUUUCUGAUUGAUCCUAAUAUGUAUAAAUGGCUGAUAGGGAGAUGUGUUGGUGAAAGGACAUCGGGUUAUCAUUUCAAUGGUUAACAUGUUGGGGUCACUCAUGUCCUGUCUGCUUCCCUCCCAUCAGGCUGUCCUCCACCAGAUGAGCCCCUCUAACCAGCCAAACUCAUCUGAACCACUUUCAGUUUCUGAGUGUUGUCUGUUAUUCAAAGAUGUGUUCAGAUACAAAACAGUUUUCACUUUGACAUUUUUCAUUUCUGAUCACUUUGUAGUUGCUUAAUGCUGAUCCUAAGAUAUGCCCUCUCCAUGUCCCUGAUUUAUGCAAAACAAAGGUUUCAAAUCAUCUGAAUCAAGGUUAGAACAAAGAGAUCACCGUAUGAUUUGAGUCGUCCUUCUAAGUGUGACCACAGGUGAUGAUGGUUGAGUGUGGCCUUCCUUUUAUAACAUGUUAUAGUUACAUAGAACCAUUGGUUAGAUCGGCCCAGCACUGUAAAUAACCAUGGCAACAGAAAGAUAGUAAACAUUUUGUAAGAAUCUUUAAACGGACAACAAUUGUGUGACUGUGGUCUGAGAUACAUGUCAUUCUGUAAAAGGAGAACAAAAUGUCCUGUCAUCACCCUAUCAUCGUCAUCAUUAUGUUCUGCAGGCGGACGGACGGGAGAUGGAUGUUAAGACUGUUUGCAUAGCAACAACAGCAUUGUUUUUUUGUUUGCACACUGCUUAUUUGUUUCGGCAGAAUAAAUUAAAGAGAAAAGUUUUAAAGAUGUUUAACACAUCCCUGUUUUCAGACUGAGAGAACAGGAGAAACCUUAGUCAUGUCAUCAUGGAAGAUGAGACACUGUACAGCUGAUAAAGAAUAAAAUCAUCCCAUGUGCCCAUGUC